AUUUCUGUUUCUAGAAAUCCGCAAACAACAUCUUAUUAAAUCCGGGAGUAUUUCCUUAAACAAAUUUAAAGCCAAGUUAACAAAAUGGGAAAUAAGUUUGCGAAAAAUGAGCCCAGCCGAGAUGUCGAAGCUUUGGCACAGGAAACUGAUUUGUCGACUGCAUUUGUGACGAGAUUAAGUGAAAGAUUUGAUGUUUUAGACAAACAAAAGAAAGGAUAUCUAACUAAGGAAGAUCUGACUGCUAUUAUAUCUCUUGGUGCGAACCCUAUGGCAGAAAAGCUGGCAUGUACAGCUCUCUAUCCCCCUUACGAUCUCAAUCCUUCAGCAGAAAGGGCAGAGUAUAUGGACUUAAGCCAUUUCUGCAAACUGAUCGCUUUAUUCGAGCCUAACCUGAGAAAAUCUCCUCAUCUUACAAGAGUACAUAGACUUACUUUUCUUUUCAGGUUGAUGAAACUUGACGAUGCUGAAAUGUUGAAUACAGCUGGCCUAGAGGAGAUAUUAUCUGUUGCUCUAGGUGAGGUUAGGAAAGGAGAGAUCAGAGCUAUAGCAGAAAAGGCGAUUAUGGAAAUCAAGGAAUAUCAAGGAGAUGCCAUAGAUUACGAUAGAUUCAUCGAGGUUUGUAUUAAACUGAAUGUAGAUCAGAAGCUUCUAAAUGUUGUCUAGAGCUUCAUACAUAAUACAUACUUGACACUCUCAGUAACUAAUUUUAAAAUAUAAUAUUAUAAUUGUAUAUUUCAUGUUUUUAUUCUAUAAAUUUGAUAUAAAUA